AUGUCCUUUUCUUUCUUUUCUUUGAUUACUUUUACUUUCUUGCUUCUUUUGUCUGAUGAACGUUUUUUACUCUUUCUUUAUUUAUUGUUACUCUUUUUUUUUACUCUGUCUUUACCGUCUUUUUUUUUUUCGUUUUCUUCCUUUUUAUCUUCUUCCUUAUUUUUUUUAUUUUCAUACAUUUAUUUUGGACUUUUUUUUUUUUUAUUCAUUUGCAUAGUUUUUUUUUUCUUUUCCCUUCUCGAUUUCAUUUUCAAUAUUACUCGUCCUUUUCUAACUUUCUUUAUCUCUUUCUUUAUUUUUAUUAUAGCUUUUCUCUUUAUUUCAUUUAAUUUUCCUUGCAACAUAAUUUCAUACUUCUUCCUUUUCAUUUCCUUUUUCUUUCUUUCUUUCUUUCUUUCUUUCUUUCUUUCUUUCUUUCUUUCUUUCUGUCUCAUUUUAUUUCUUUCUUUCUUUCUUUCUUUCUUUCUUUCUUUCUGUCGUUUGCUCUUUUUACUUCUUUCUUUCUUUCUUUCUUUCUUUCUUUCUUUCUUUCUUUCUUUCUUUCUUUCUGUCGUAUUCUCUUUUUUACUUCUUUCUUUCUUUAUCUCUUUCUUUCUUUCUCUUUUUUUUCUUUCUUUCUUUCUUUCUUUCUUUCUGUCGUAUUCUCUUGUUUUUUUCUUUCUUUCCUCAUUUCCUUUUUUUUCUUCGUAUUCCUUCCUGUUUUUCACUUAUCUUUGUUUAUCUUUCUUUCUUUCUUUCUUUCUUUCUUUCUUUCUUUCUUUCUUUCUGUCUUAUUCUCUUUUAUUUUAUUUCUUUCUUUCUUUCUUUCUUUCUUUCUUUCUGUCGUAUUCUCUUUUUUACUUCUUUCUUUCUUUCUUUCUUUCUUUCUUUCUUUUUCUUUCUGUCGUAUUCUCUUUUUUACUUCUUUCUUUCUUUAUCUCUUUCUUUCUCUUUUUUUCUUUCUUUCUUUCUUUCUUUCUGUCGUAUUCUCUUGUUUUUUCUUUCUUUCCUCAUUUCCUUUUUUGUCUUCGUAUUCCUUCCUGUUUAUCACUUAUCUUUCUUUCUUUCUUUCUUUCUUUCUUUCUUUCUUUCUUUCUUUCUUUCUGUCGUAUUCUCUUUUUUAUUUAUUUCUUUCUCUCUUCUCUUCCUUCCUUUCUUUCUUUCUUUCUUUCUUUCUUUCUUUCUUUCUUUCUGUCGUAUUCUCUUUUUUAUUUAUUUCUUUCUCUCUUUCUUCCUUUCUUUCUUUCUUUCUUUCUUUCUUUCUUUCUGUCGUAUUCUCUUUUUAUUUAUUCCUUUCUCUCUUCUCUUCCUUCCUUUCUUUCUUUCUUUCUUUCUUUUUUCUUUUCUUUCUUUCUGUCGUAUUCUCUUUUUUUAUUUAUUUCUUUCUCUCUUUCUUCCUUUCUUUCUUUCUUUCUUCCUUCCUUUCUUUCUUUCUUUCUUUCUUUCUUUCUUUCUUUCUUUCUUUUGUAUCCCAUCCUGUUUUUUUUCCUCUUUUAUCUUUGCUUAUUAGCUUCUAAUUUCUUUUUCUUUCUUGACAUUUUGUCUUUAUCUUUAACAUUUCCUUUUUAUUCUUUUUCCCUGUUGCUCAACUUUCCAAAUUUUCUCUCAUGCCGACAUUCAGUGCACUUCGUUUUUCUCUUUCUUAUUUUAGUUCUCAAUUCUUUCAAUCUUCUUUCUUUCUUAUAG